CUGACUUGGCACAGAAGUCAUCUUUGAAGAAAAGUGCAUGGGUGAAGAAUGGCAGAAGCUGUCUUGGUUGAUCUCUUUGGUUUAAAAUUGAACUCCCAGAAAAUCUGCCAUCAGACAUUACUUAAGACAUUGAAUGGCAUUCACGGCCACCAUGCCCCCAAGGCCAAGUUCCUUUGCAUAAUGUGUUGCAGUAAUGAAAGGGAUGGUGAACAUGAUCUUUGUGACUGGGAAACAGGAAAUGGAUUUUCACUUUUCAUGAGAGACUUUGAGACUGUUAGCAAUCCCAGUAUGGCUGCCACUUUGUAUGCAAUUAAACAAAAAAUUGAUGAAAAAAAUCUGAGCCACAUUAAGGUGAUUGUCCCUGAGCACAGGAAAACGUUUGUGAAGGCUUUUAUUGAUCAGCUCUUCACUGGGGUUUAUGAUUUUGAGUUUGAAGAUUUGCAGGUAGCUUGGAGGGAGAGCCUGUUGAAACCAGCCACUGAAAUAAACGAACCCACAACUCAUCAACUAGAAGAAAUCCAGAAUGAAAUAGAAACAUACUUGAGAAGCCUACCCGCUCUGAAAGGGGCCUUAACUAUUAUCAGAUCUCCUUUGAUCCCAGAUCUCUUCAUACAUGGAUUUACUACACGAACAGGUGGCAUAUCUUACAUACCAACUCUUAGCUCACUCAAUCUUUUCAGUAGUUCCAAACGGAGAGAUCCCAAAGUAGUUGUCCAAGAAAAUCUUCGAAGGUUGGCAAACGCUGCAGGAUUCAAUGCAGAGAAAUUUUACCGAAUAAAGACUGAUCACGCCAAUGACGUGUGGGUGAUGGGGAAGAAGGAGCCUGAAUCUUACGAUGGAAUAGUCACAAACCAGAGAGGAGUCACCAUCACAGCUCUCGGUGCUGACUGUAUACCUAUAGUCUUUGCAGAUCCCGUGAAAACAGCAUGUGGGGUUGCCCACUCUGGCUGGAAAGGUACUUUGUUGGGUGUAGCUAUGGCUACUGUGAAUGCUAUGAUAGCAGAAUAUGGCUGUAAUUUGGAAGACAUCAUUGUUGUUCUGGGACCUUCCGUGGGGCCUUGCUGUUUUACUCUUCCCAGAGAAUCGGCAACCUCAUUUCAUAAUCUUCAUCCUUCAUGUGUGCGGCAGUUGGACUCACUGAAUCCCUAUGUUGACAUCCGGAAAGCCACUAGGAUUCUUCUAGAACGAGGAGGAAUUCUUCCACAGAAUAUUCAAGACCAGAAGGGAGAUCUUGACCUCUGCACAUCCUGCCAUCCUGAUAAGUUUUUCUCCCAUGUUCGAGAUGGCCUUAACUUCGGUACACAGAUUGGCUUCAUAUCCAUUAGAGAAUGAGGUGCCUGCAGUGGACAGAAGAAGGCGUCAACCCCUGGAGCUGGAGUUACAGAGUUACAGGGUAGCUGUGAGUGCUGUGAACCAAGAUCCAGUCGUCUGCAAGGGCAGCCAGCACUCUUUACCUGCCUAGUCGUCUCUUUGGCCCCAUGUACAAAUAUUUGACAAAGUGCAGUCAUAGCAGGGAGAGAGAGAACAUCAUGAACCAGGAAAUGAAACUGAAAGUUUAUAACUUACCCAAGGCAAAAAACAGUGAAGCAGGGCACUAGACGGGUAGCAAGGAAAUAGAAUAGUAGGGAUGCCAAAUCAUGUAGAAAAUUUGGAGUUCACUUUUUGGGACAUAAGUAGGCAUCACAAUAGAGGAUUUGCUCACACCACAGCCUCCUAUUUAAUGAGAUGGAUUCAGAAUGAGAAUGACCAAAGAAGAGAGGAUGAAUAGAAUCAGUCAGGAUAUUUUGUUUGUUUUUCAAGACAGGGUUUCUCUGUGUAUCCCUGGCUGUCCUGGAGCCUACUCUAGAUAAACCCCCACUAAUUGAAAAGUUGUGAUGAAAGGACGGUGACAUAUAAGCUAUAUCAAUAUUGUAUCUCAUAGUGGGAUUUGAAAUUGGGUUUCAUUUGAUUGUCCUAACUAUACAUUAAUGAUGUAUCCAAUAUCUUAACUUUUGCAUAAGCUUUUAGAAAACACCACCAAUAUAUGGAAGUACAACACGUUAAAGAAUCGUUUGCUCAGAUAUCAGUCUGCUGAUGUGUAUAUGCAUGUUAAAUGCAAAACAGAAUUACAUACGUGGCUAAGUGUGGCAUUUGGCCUCUUUAAAUUUGGUGUGUGUGUUUGCUAGCAGAUGUAUUUAUGGGAACCCUGGGCUAUGGUGGAUGCAUUUACAUUACAAUCACCAUUUUUUAAAGUUUACUUGUGAUGUCAAGGCUGAGGCAGCUGCUGUUGGCCAUGCACUAUCCUGUGUGUCAGGCCAUUGCUUAAUGAAGGAAGACAAAACAGGACAACUUUUCCCCAAGUUCUGUUUAUUUUUAACACAAAGGUUGCAUGUCAAUUGUGUUGAGAGAAACUUUCCAUGCUUAUAUUUUCUUUGCAGAGAAGAAAUUCUUAUGUCACACUCCCUGUGUAUUGGUCCAAAUAUCUGAGAUGACUUUUGUCCCCCUGUGUCUGAAGCCAACUUUGUUGGUUUAUUUAAUUCUAAAAAGUUAUAGUAUUCAGAUCUUCUAGUAAGUAAUUAGGAUUUCCAGCAAAUUCUAUAGCUCAAAAUAUCACAUUCCUUCCUUGACCCAUCCCCAUGAGUACUUCCAAUUAAUGAGAAACUUUUGUAGAAAAUGAAUUUUUGAUGGUAAUAAUUAAAUAGCUUUAUAUUUCUGUGGG